AUGGACAUCCUACAAGUGUUGGAAAACGCUUUAUUAAACCCGGACCCUCAGAAGAGAAGCGAAGCUGAACAGCAAUUAAACGAUGCAGCUUCAAAUCAUUUCGUUGAUUACUUGUCCCUUUUAACCACCGCCUUGGUCAAUGAAGAGGCCAAGACUGAGGUUAGAAUGUUGGCCGGGAUCGGAUUGAAGAAUCAAUUGACUUCGAAGGACCAAAAGACCAAAAACUUUCAAGAGGAACGUUGGAUCUCCUUGGAUACACAGAGUAAGAACUCCAUCAAGGAGACUUCAUUGAGGGCGUUAUUAACCAAGGACGAUAGAGUGGCCAAUGCCGCUGCUCAAUUGGUUGCGGCCAUUGCAGAUAUCGAAUUACCCAGAAACGAGUGGCCCGAAUUGAUUCCAAUAAUUAUUGAAAACACCAAGUCUGACAAAGAAGUUAACGUGAAGAGAGCAAGUUUGUUGACCAUAGGGUAUAUAUGUGAACUGGCAGACCCGAACAACGCGGCUAUUAUUCAACAAUCCAAUGGGAUCUUGAUUGCCAUCGUACAGGGAUGCCAGAGCUCAGAGCCCCUGAAAUUGGUCAGAUUAACAGCAUUGAAUGCAUUGGUAAAUUCGUUAGAGUUUAUUAGGUUCAACUUUGAAAGAGAAGGCGAAAGAAACUAUAUCAUGCAAGUGGUGUGUGAAGCAACCCAAGCCGAUGAUAGUGAAUUGCAGGCUGCUGCCUUUGGAUGUCUAGCAAGAAUUAUGGCCUUGUACUAUCACUUUAUGUCUCUCUAUAUGGAAAAGGCUCUUUAUGGAUUAACCGUCAGCGGGAUGCAAAGUGAAGAUGACAAAGUUGCAUGCAUGGCUGUUGAAUUCUGGUCGUCUGUAUGUGAAGAAGAAUUGGAAAUAAAUAUUCAGAGACAAGAGUUUUCUGGUGACCAAGGAGAUUUCCAAUCUUUCAACUUUGCCCUUGUUGCUAUUCAAGAUGUCUUGCCAACCUUGUUAAAGUUAUUAACAAGACAAAAUGAUGAUGCUGAAGAUGAUGACUGGUCUGUAGCAAUGGCUGCAGCAUCUUGUUUGCAAUUAUUUGCGCAAGACACUGGACUGUAUGUCGUCGAACCAACUUUACAAUUUGUGGCUGCUAACAUUGGUAACUCCCAAAAUUGGAAGUGUCGUGAGGCGGCCGUGAUGGCUUUUGGAAGUAUAUUGGACGGACCGGAACGUGAGCAGCUCAAAACGUUGGUCACUCAAGCUUUAGAGCCAAUCUUAUUGUUAAUCAAAGACCAGUACUUACAAGUGAAGGAAACUGUUGCCUGGUGCUUAGGAAGAAUCACCGAUUUGGUAGUUGAUUCUAUUGUUGACCACCUCCCACAAGUGAUUGAAGCAAUAGCCACCGGUUUACAAGACCACCCUAAAGUCUCCACUAACUGCUGUUGGACCUUAAUGAACUUGUUGGAACAAUUGUGCUCCGAAGGGUCCAAAGAGGAACUGACUAUAAUGUCACCGUACUAUCAGACCUUGGUGCCAAUAUUGGUUCAAUUGUCUGGUAGAUCAGAUAACGAAGAUUCAUCCAGAGCUUCAGCUUAUGAAGCAUUAUCGAAUUUUGUGAUGUACAGUGGUAAUGACGUUAUGCCUAUUGUCCAAGAAGUUGCAGGUGAAGUUUUGGCCAGAUUGGAAAAGACGAUUUCCAUUGUUGAACAACAACAACAGGGUUCUAAUACCGAUAAUAUUAGUUCUGAAGAAAGAAACAACUUAGAAGAAGUACAAACAAAUAUUUUAUCAUUAUUAACUAAUAUUAUUAGAAGAGCAGGAGCUGAAGUCUCUGCCGUUAGUGAUAACUUGAUGACCAUGCUUCUUAAGUUGUUGGAAAUUCAAGCUAAAAAUAAUGGAAAUAGUUCAAGUAUCGAAGAAGAUAUAUUCAUAGCUAUACUGUCAAUUGCUUCAAGUAUCGGUGGGGAUUUCAUCAAGUAUAUGGAUGUUUUUCAACCGUAUUUGACUGCUGCAUUGGUCAACACUGAAAGUACUACAUGCAGAACAGCAGUAGGUGUCGUAGCCGACUUAUCACAAGCAUUGGGUUCCGGAAUAUUACCAUACUUAGAACCUUUAAUGACGAUAUUGGGUACUAACUUAAGCAACGAAAAUAUAAAAAGGGAACUCAGACCAGUUAUAUUAUCUUGUUUUGGAGACGUUGCUACCUCUGUUGGGCAAAAUUUCAGACCAUACGUUUCAUUUGUUAUGAACAUUUGUAAAGUUGCGCUGGAAAUUGAAGCCGAAGAUCUUUCAGUCGAUACUGCAGAGUACGUUGUACAAGUGAAGGAAUCUUGCCUUGACGCAUAUGUUGGUAUUGUCGCAGCUUCAAGCGACGAUCCGAGUAUGAUUUAUGAAUACGUAGGACAAAUUUUCAUGUUGAUCCAAGAAUUUUCAGUGGAACCUAAUUUGCAACUUCAAAACACAGACCGUAGGGCUGCAGUAGGAUUGUUAGGAGAUAUUGCAUCGAUGUUCCCCAAUGGAGAAUUCAAACAGGCCUACAUGCAAGACUGGGUUACAGAAUACAUUAAGAAGGCAAGAGCCAAUGUUAAUGAACCUGCGACUAGGGAUGCUGCAAGAUGGGCAAGGGACCAACAAAAAAGACAAAUUGGUCUUUAA